AUGGCAUUUACACGCUUUUAUCCAGUUUCAGGUCUUAUUUAUGAUCCUGAUCUAGCACCAACAAAAGCUAUUCAAAAUGUUCAUGCACAUGAUUAUGCUCAAUGGCCACAACCAUCUAAACAAAGAUUUGAUACAACAUAUCGUAGUGAAUAUAUCAAUCGUAUUCGACAUCCAGAAUAUAUCCCAUGGUAUCAGCAAAAACUUCCGGAUGAAAUUGCAAGGCCUAUUCGAAAUACAAAAAGUUCACUUAAUCAAUAUGCUAUCUUACCACCAAUUCUUUCAGCAACUACUACUACUACAAAUAAUAGUUCUAAUAAUGCAGAAUCUGCUCGUAGUACCAGAACAGAUGUUCAACAGCAACAACAACAACAACAACAAAUAAUUAAAGAUCAAGAAGUACCAAUUAAUGAAAUCAAAUCUAAAGAUAUACAACCAUUAAAUUUUCAUAAUAUUACGCAAAAUUCUUAUAAUUAUCAGCAACAAUCAAUGAUGAAUAAUAUCGAUACAUAUUUACCUGAAGAACCUAUUUUAUUAACUGAUUAUGAAGAACAACGUUUAUCUGAACAAAUUUAUAAUCAAUUAAGAUCUGCAACAGUUGUUGAUAGAUUAAAAUUAUUUUAUCAAGAAUUAAUAGCAUAUGAUCCAAAUUUAACAAGUUAUGUACAUUAUUCAGUAAUUCAAUCACUUGUUCAUCAACUUGGAUUAAAUUUACAAGAUGAUACACUUCGUUUUGCUAUGUGUAAAUUUAUUUCACCAGAUCAAGCACGUGGUUAUGUUCAAUAUGAAGAUAUGAUUCGAUAUUUUAGCAGAUGUCUUGCAUCAAUAUAUCCUAAUCAAUAUGGUCCUUCACAGUCUUAUGAUUCUUCGGUUUAUCAUCAUUCGAAUAUUCAUGGUUAUCAUCAACAUGAAUGUCGAUGUCGACAUCAAGAUAAAUCAUCUUUUAAUAAUCCUUGUCCUAUUCAUCACUAUAAUCGUUAA